CCACAUUGUCCAACAUCUGGCCACCAAGUCGCCGGUGGUGGCACUCCUUCCUAACUUCGACUGCGACCCAUCGCUGCUUCCUCGCGAUGGAAGCAGCUACGGAAUACCAAGAGAGCACUACAAUUCGUCUGGAGUGGACUGUCGGCAAUCUCAAGAAUCUGUUUGACGGAAGCAAGGGGGAAGCGAAGUCGAAAGUCACAAAGUCCAUUAAGUUUGGUGACGGACGGUGGCAGAUUUUGUUCUACCCCAAUUCGGGUGGCGUCAGCGCCGAAGGAGCCUCCUUCAUCAGCUUAUACCUAUCUUGCGAGCCUACUGCUGAAGAGAAAGAUAACGCCAUAGAUGGAAAAUGGGUCCGAGAAGGAGUCUUCAAAUUUGGCUUUGAGCUUCGGAACCUGCAGAAAAACAUCUUGUUCAAUAGUAAAGAAGCCCAUGACCAUUCGUUCUCACAUCAGACGCAAAAUUGGGGAUGGGCCCAAUUUGCUCGUAGAGAUAUGGUGUACUAUCUGUCCAACAGCGUAAAGCAGGCGAACGCCUUCCUGGUGAUCUGCACGAUCACCACAUCCCCGUCGGCCCCCGAACCUGCGCCGACCGUUUCUCGUCAUGUAGUGCCAAAGGCCCUUCUGGAUGCAAUGGGUGGUCUCCUCGAUGAUCCUGUGUACUCUGAUGUGGAGUUCAUACUGCCUCGUCAAGGCAGAUCAAUGGCCCCUCCAAGACGGAUAUAUGCGGCUCGACAACUACUUAGACGUGUGGAGUAUUUCGACACCAUGUUCAACUCUGGCUUUGCCGAAGCUUCAUUCAGCUCUCUGUCUGAGAAUACUAGACACGGUGGGUCUGAUGAUGCUGUUGACUCCGGGGAGGAGUCACACGGCGCGGGCUUCGCGAUGAGACAAUUCGAGGACUCCGAUGACGAGGAUGACAAUGAGGACGCCAUGGUCGUCGACACUGACAAUGAUCGCACGGCGGCCAAUUCUACUACAUUUCCGGCGCCUGCAGCAGGAAGACCGGUGUCGGUCGAGAGUAUUCCCUCAGAGAUGCUCGGUUCUUGGCUGUCCGACACUGCUGAAUUUGGCCAACCUCAACAGGGUAAAGAACCCAACGCUGGGGAGGUUCGAAACGUUCGCCCCAAAUUAUCUCAUCCUUCGACUCCACGAAGUGUGCCAUCCUCCUUGGAGCGGGAUAUCAGAGACUCUGACUUAGCCCCGACCCCCCUUGCACCUGGGCCUACGAAGACACAGGUCAUUAUCCGGGAUGCGGCAUAUGCAACCUACCGCGCGGUCCUGUACUACAUAUACACUGACACCAUUGCCUUUGCUCCUCUAUCUUCUACCUUCCUGGCAUCUGCCGCGACUACACCAAACGCGGUUGCAUUGGUGCCGGCGACACCCAUGUCGGAAUCCCAGGCUCCGGCGUUCAGCCAACGCCCCAAUCACCAACAAGCAGAGAACUCGACUUCCAUCGGGUCCACGACUCCGCGUUCGCGUCGGGAGUGGAUCGCACAGUGGGAGAGGAACAAUGAUACCGGCAGGCCCCGGCCAUGCUCUGCGAAAGCUGUCUACAGAUUGGCGGAUAAGCUUGACCUGCAGGAACUGAAGCAACGCGCGUUCCAGCACAUCGUCAAGUCACUCACAGUGGGGAACGUUGCGUACGAAGUGUUCUCAACUUUCUCCGCCGCAUUUGAAGACGUGCGCAAGGUCCAAGUACGGUUCUUCCUUGAUCACUGGAAUGAAAUCCGGGAAUCAGACGCUAUGCGCAAUGUAUGGCAGCAAAUACGGCUUGGGAGACACCCGGGGUUCGAAGAAGUCUGGCCUGUGAUCGCACUCAACCUAGAAUUCAAACCGCGGCCUGUUGACGCCGCUGAGAAUAAUGAGAAGGAGGGGUCGACAGUAUAAUGGAUAGUCGCGACCCACAUCUUCUCGCCUUCAAGUCUUCGGAUUUCGAUAUCGCACUACCCACCAAGUCGCGAUUGUAACUUCUGUAGUUUAGCAUGCUUGCCUCCGUGUAUCAUACCUA